GCCGCGGUAGCUUCCCUGGGACAGUGCAGUCCUAGGAGCCGCCAACAGUUUCUGCCCUUAGGUUUUGGAGAGGCCCAUUUAGCUGACCCUGCGGCCGUCCGUGACCAGUAUUAAGGACCUGAUCAGAGCUGGGGCUGUUGAUGUCACUGGAAAUAUGAUCAGCGCCCCUGAUGUGGUGGCCUUCACCAAGGAAGACGAGUACGAGGAAGAACCUUACAAUGAGCCCGCCUUGCCGGAGGAGUACUCAGUACCUCUCUUCCCCUAUGCCAGCCAGGGGGCUAACCCCUGGUCUAAACUGUCCGGGGCCAAGUUCUCCAGGGACUUCAUCCUUAUUUCCGAGUUCUCUGAACAGGUGGGACCUCAGCCCUUGCUGACCAUCCCCAAUGACGCCAAAGUUUUUGGCACUUUUGAUCUCAAUUACUUCUCCUUGCGGAUCAUGUCAGUGGAUUACCAGGCUUCAUUCGUUGGUCAUCCUCCUGGUUCUGCCUACCCCAAGUUGAACUUUGUGGAGGACUCCAAAGUGGUGCUGGGAGACUCUAAGGAAGGGGCCUUUGCAUAUGUGCACCACCUCACCUUGUAUGACCUGGAGGCCCGUGGCUUUGUGAGGCCCUUUUGUAUGGCUUAUAUCUCUGCGGACCAGCAUAAAAUCAUGCAGCAAUUCCAGGAGCUUUCGGCUGAAUUUUCCAAAGCAUCCGAGUGCUUGAAGAUGGGUAACAGGAAGGCAUUUGCUGGGGAACUUGAAAAAAAGCUGAAAGACUUGGAUUAUACGAGGACUGUGCUGCACACAGAAACUGAGAUCCAAAAGAAAGCCAAUGACAAAGGUUUUUAUACAUCUCAGGCAAUUGAGAAAGCCAAUGAACUGGCCAAUGUGGAGAAGUCCAUCAUUGAGCAUCAAGAUUUGCUGAGGCAGAUCCGCUCGUACCCUCGCCAGAAGAUGAAGAUACCUGCUUUGCAUCCUGGCGAUACGGAGCACACCCACAACCAGGCUGCCCAGGUCUCCACUACCUCUAACCCCGAGGAGUCAGCUAAUGCAGACCUCUAUACAUGCAGACCGGCUUACACUCCGAAACUCAUCAAAGCAAAGUCCACCAAGUGUUUUGACAAGAAGUUGAAGACCUUGGAGGAACUCUGUGACACUGAAUAUUUCACUCAGACCUUGGCCCAGCUUAGCCACAUUGAACACAUGUUCCGGGGAGACUUAUGCUACCUCCUGACCAGUCAGAUUGACAGAGCCCUUCGAAAACAACAGCACAUAACAAAUUUCCUCUUUGAAGACUUUAUGGAGGUUGAUGACAGGAUGGAGAAACAAGAGAAUGUGCCCUCUCGGCCCAGUCAGGACAAGCUGCCUUCCAGGCCUGUGGAAGAAUGUCCCAUUCCUAAAGUGUUAAUUAGUGUUGGUUCGUACAAGUCCAGUGUGGAGUCUGUUUUGAUCAAGAUGGAGCAGGAACUUGGAGAUGAAGAAUACAAGGAAGUGGAAGCAGCAGAGUCAAGCAAUUUUGACCCCCAAGAAAACCUGGACUACCUGGAUAUGGAUAUGAAAGGGAGCAUCAGCAGUGGGGAAAGCAUCGAGGUUCUGGGCACCGAGAAGUCAUCCUCUGUGCUGUCUAAAUCUGACAGCCAGGCCAGCCUCACGGUGCCAUUGAGCCCCCAUGUAGUCCGUAGCAAGGCAGUCAGCCACAGGACAAUCAGUGAGGACAGUAUUGAAGUCUUAAGCACCUGCCCAUCUGAGGCCCUCAUUCCUGAUGACUUUAAGGCCAGCUACCCAAGUGCCAUUAAUGAGGAAGAAACCUAUGCAGAUAGUGAGGGGGCCAUCCAUUUUGAGGCAAGUGUCUGCCCACCAGAACUGGGUGAGACUCAGGAGGGCAGCUUGGAAAAUACCCCAUCCCAAAUAGACUCCAGCUGCUCUAUUGGAAAGGCGAGUGAAGGUCAGCUGGUUCCUCUUCCCACCCCGGCUGACACUCUUUCUGAUGAGGAUGGUGUGGUGAGCAUCCCCCCACAGAGCUCCAGGCAGAAGGACCAGGGGUUCCAUGUGGACGUCGAGAUGGAAAACACUGACCCUUCUCCCCGAGACAACAGCUGUGAAAUGUUCCCAGCUUAUGAGCUGGAUCCAGGCUGCCUUCUGGCUAGCCGAGAUGUUAGUAAGACAAGCCUGGAUAACUACUCGGACACCGCAAGCUACAUGAGCAGUGUGGCCUCUACCAGCUCAGACAGAACCCUCUCUGCUCACUCUGCUGGCCUAUCCUCUGAGAGACACAAAAAGAGAGCUGGCCAGAAUGCCUUAAAAUUCAUCCGCCAGUACCCCUUCGCCCACCCAGCCAUCUACUCCCUGCUUAGUGGGAGGACGCUUGUGGUCCUGGGCGAAGACGAAACCAUAGUCAGGAAGCUUGUCACCGCACUGUCUAUCUUUGUUCCCAGCUAUGGCUACUAUGCCAAGCCAGUGAAGCACUGGAUUUCUUCCCCUUUGCAUAUUAUGGAUUUUCAGAAGUGGAAGCUUAUUGGCCUACAGAGAGUGGCCUCCCCUGCCAGUAUGGGUACCCUCCAUACCCUGAGCCGUUACAGCCGCUAUACGAGCAUCCUGGACCUGGACAGCAAGACCCUACGCUGCCCCCUGUACAGGGGAACACUGGUGCCCCGCCUGGCCGACCAUCGCACCCAGAUCAAGCGAGGCAGCACGUACUACCUGCACGUCCAGAGCAUGCUCACCCAGCUCUGCUCCAAGGUAUUCCUCUACACCUUCUGCCACCACCUGCAUCUGCCUGCCCACAGUGAGGAGACACAAGAAGCCGUGGCCAGCAGACAAACCAGCUUCCUAAAGCUCAACCUGGGACUUGUGAAUGAGGACAUCAGAGUGGUGCAGUACCUGGCUGAGCUGUUGAAACUACACUACAUGCAGGAGUCACCUGAGACCACCCAACCCCUGCUCAGGUUUGACUAUGUCCCCAGCUUUUUGUACAAAAUCUAAGGGUUCCAGCCACCGUGACCAAGACCUGUGACUUAGUAUGGGAAGGGGAAAGGUCGGUGUUACUAAAUGGUUGCCUGAGCUGGAGUGUUGAGCUUUCUGGUGUCAGUAGGAAGGAAACAGGUGGCAGCCGUGGUUCCCAUCUAGCCCUGGGCAGUGCGUGAAGUGGGCUGAGCAGAGGUGGGGCCUGGCUCUCCAGAGGUGGCUGCUCUUGGUUCCCUGGGGAAGUAGCUAUCAAAUAGGGGUUGUCCUUAAUUUUCCAAGGAUCAACAGUCUGGGCAGGAAGAAGAAAGCUCCAGCUCCUUUGGGGCUGAAAAAGAUGAGGCUAAGUAGCCAAAGCCCAGAUGACACCCUAGUGGCAGAAUCAGCCUGGAAACUGGUGUGUGUAGGAACAAGACAACCAUCACCUCCGUCUACCUCUACCAAGGCCCUUUACUUGGCUUCCUGGAGCCCAGUAACUGAGGGGAGGCUCCUGAACAAGGACCAGGAGGAAAAGUGCCCUAGUCAGUUGGAGAAAGACACAUCUGGGCUUUGGGGGAUGCAGAAGUGGCCCCUUGUCCUAUCUUCCCUUCUGUCAAGGAAGUGCUUAUUGAGUCCCUGGGGGUCCUUCCUUACAGUGGUCCUGGAUGUGAAGCAGGUAUCAAAUAGCUGUAGCCCAUAUGAGAACCUUGGGAGCAGUAGAUGAAGCAGGCCCUAGCCCAUUUCCCACUUGUAUGGCAGGAGCUGCCCACUGGCUCUUCUCGGCCACAGCAUUAACUCGAACGUCCCUGGAAAGGGAUGCAGCACUGUUACCUCUCCUGGGGCCUAGGGGCUUGGUGACCAUUGAGUUCUGACUGGAACUUAGGAGCAAGGCUAUCCCGUUCCAGCUCCUGGAUGGCUAUCAUAGACCCAUACCCGAGAGGCAGUGUGCACCUCCAUCCUUAUAAUCAUCCCCAUGUGCGUCCCUUCCAGUCCCACUGGUGGCCAUUGUCAUGACCUCCUGGGGACUCCUGUUGCAGCUGCUUCUGCUGGGCCUCAUGUGUUACAUGGAGCACUCCUGUCUGGAAAAUGUGAGACCUGUUUAAAAAUGUUUUCUCCCUAAACAGUAGAAGCUCUGGUUGUUAGUGCUCAUUUUUAAUUUGCUCAAAAAACAAAACUGCAGUAAACUGGACCUGGAUCAGCCCUGUGCAUGCAUCAGUUAGAUGCUGUGUCCCCUGCACUCAGGUCUCUCACAAGAAGGAACCCUGUAGAAGCCAAGUAACCAAAGAUGGCUUCUUGGCAGCAUGUCGCUCCUGCCUUUGACACCAGGUUGGUUCUGGUCCACGGCUUCAGGUCAUGGUCCCCAUUUCACUUUAGACAGUAUGUGGCUUUCUGAAGCUUUGACAGAGAUCCAGGAUUUUGUCACUGUAUUUACAGACACUUUAGCAGCUGUGGUUUCUCCUCAUGGGCUCCCUCAUCUGCUACUGCUUCUCAGUGUUCUAGACGCGACUUUGGCUGGUUGGUAAGGUGGUGUUUCCUCAGGCCUCCAAGGAUGAAUGUGUUCUGGAGCUCAGGCUGGGAGGUGGUAAGUUUCUGGUACUACCUCAGCACGGGGACUCGGAGGUGAACACUGUUCCCUACGCUGAGAAAGGCGGAUGAGCUGCAGCCACACUUGGCCAUCUGGAUACUGAAAACACAAACUCCAGUGGUCUGAAGUGGAGCUCCACGUGCAGGUAUCUCCUUGGCAUUCAGCCACAUGGUGACUCAGAAGACAACGCCAGGACUGAUAUGGAGUGGGCACAACUGUCUUGUGUAGCAGCUGUGGAAAUGGCCUCUCUUGAAUGGCUCCUCACCAAGUACAGACUGACAAGGGGUCAAACUCUAGGAUUUACUUUUUUUUGUUUUGUUUUUGAGAUAGGAUCUCAUGUUAACCCAGGCUGGGUCCAAAUUCAGUAUGUACCAAGGAUAACCCUGAAUUCUUGAUCCUUCUGCCUCCCCAUCCCAAUUGCCGAGAUGAUCAGUGUGUGCCACCAGACCCAGCGACUGGAUUUAGGCUUGGUGAUUUGGAAGGAUUAGUUAGUGCUGAAAGCAUGCUUCCUCUCAGGGUCUUAGUCACAAGGACUGAGUUUGGACUGAGGCAGUUAACACUUUUUUCCUCUGCUGUGGAGACCUAUGCAGCAGGACUCAACUCCUUGAAUUUUCAUUUGUCAUUGGGCGUGGUGGCACACAUCUUUAAUCCCAGCAUUCAAGAGGUGGAUCUCUGUGAGCUAGAGGUUACCCUGACCUACAUGAUAAGUAGCCAGGGCCACAUAAUGACACCUUGUCUCAAAGAACAAAAGGUUUCCAUCUGAAGUGUUUCUCAGUUACUAGGCUAAUAAGGCUUUUGUUUGUUUUGUUCUUUUGAGACAGCCUCAUUGGCCAACGAUGACUCUGAACUUCUGAUCCUCCUGCCUCCGCAUGCUUUGCAGGUCUGUCGUGCCUAGAUUAUACAGUUUUGGGGAAUGCACCCAGGGCUUCAUACAUUCUAGGCAAGCACCUACUAACUGAGCUGCAUCCCUAGGCUGGCUAAUUUCAACUAUCCCACAGCAGGAUAACAGAGUCCCUCCUUUGUUCCUAUCAUUUUGAAUUCUGGCAGUAAAACUGGCAAGUCAGGUUUAUUUCAGUUUGGCUGCCAAGCAAUUAUUUGCCUUCAAUUAUUAGAGCUCUCUAGUUUAAGAACCAUCCAAUUGAGCUGGCACAUUACUUUUACCAUUGUACAAGUAAUACUUGUAUGUUACUGGACAUUCACACGCUCCAUUGCUGAGGUCAGUCCACGGUCUUCCAUACAGUGUUGGGGGACGUGGGAACAUACUGGCUUGAGUUGCCUCACCAUUUCUCUUCAGUAGAACCUUGAAUUAAAAAUGUUUUAAUUCAGCCAGGUGGUGGUGGCGUAUGCCUCUAAUCCCAGCACAAAGGAGGCAGAGGCAGGAGAAUCUCCGGGUUUGAGACCAGCCUAGUCUACACAGACCCUGUCUCGAAAACAAAUGUUUUAACCCCUCCAUGAUUUGCUACUGAAGUGGCUGAAGUAACUCUUAAACUUGGAACUGGCCUUCAGUCAUGACCUGUCAUCCCUGAUCUGACCUUUAACUCCUUUAUUUUAGAUCAGUUGCCAUAUUUAAAGUACAGAGGAUUUCAACAUAAUCCUAGGAAGGUCAGAUCUCCCUUCUCCCUUGCCAAGUAUCAAAGCCAGCAGUGCUGUGUGGUACUGGAUGGAGGCAGAGCUUCUAGGUUAUCUUGUGUGCAUCUUGGCUACCUGCCUACUUUGCUCAGUCUAUGCCACUCCCCAGCCUGAGUGCUACUUAUUGGACCAAUGUCCUGUGCUAGAGCCACCAUGGUUUAGCUCCCAAAUGGUUGGGUAGCAGUAGCUCACCCAGUCAGGGAUGAUGCAUCAUCAGGUGUGAGGCCUCUGAGGCACCAAAUCCUCAUGGCAGUAGGCCAUCCAGGCUACUUUCUACUUCCCUAGAAAGCUCCUAAGAAAGUGCCUUGGCUUGUACUUUGAAACAAAUAGCCAGCUUUCUGGCUUUACCCUAAAACUGUGAUCAAACUGGACACACUCAUACUUAGGCUGCAGAAAGGAGCGAGGUUUAGAUUCCUUUUGCUCUGAAAGCAAAGCCUUGCUUGAGCUUAAACACAGUUUCCCCGAGCCCUUGGCCCAGUAAGGUUUGGUAACGUUAAAGCUUAGGGAAGGAACAGCUGGAACAGAUGAGGUGUAGCAGUGGGAAAAAAGCAUCCUACGGUGUUGGUGUGUAGGUGGUUUACAGCAUAGGUCCCCAAGAGGCACAGCUUGGAGCUGUGUAGCUUUCUUCAGCUAGGCAGGAAUUAAGUUCCUGGAUUUAAGGUUGCUAAAGUAGUGCAGUGACCCCACAAUCAGAGGUGAGGGGACCAGUAUGCUACCACAAUCCCCGGAAACCGACACAACUGCCUUCACAUGGUGGAGGCAGCACCAACAAUGGACCAGCUCCCAGGGAGCCUUGGCCAAACUCUUAUACUGGCCAGCUGGAGCUGCAGGCUGGACUGAGGCAUACAGCAGUUAGCGAGCACCACGGUCUGCAAUGAACUCUUGCUAUUUUCUAAGAAGCUAUUUUAUUACUGCAUGUCCCACCAUGUCUGUGAAUAUGUGUCCCAACCUGCAAGCUGCAGUCACAGUGCUGGAACCAGAGCACUGCUGAUGUGACCGUGUACCACAGGCAUUAUGCACAGUUUAACCAGAGUAAAUGCCAAACAAAUAGUAUGAGGAGUGUACUUUUAAAAAUAUUAAUUUAUUUGAGUUCAGAUAUUUUUAAAAUAUAAAAAUUGGUUGUAUUUUUUAAAGCUAUAAUUCUUGUAGACAUUCUGUGGAUAAAAAUUUGUGUGUAUUAAAUUGGUCUGCAAUUUAGCCAUGUGAAAAAUAAAGACUCUUUGGGAAGGUG